AUGCGGCUGCUGACGCACAAUUUUCUUUGCUGCCUCGAGUGUCAGUCCUUCCCACUGCAGCUUCGGGACGUGGAGGCGGAGGUGAUGCCUUGCGAAUUUGACUCGGCCUUUAUUCGUUUGAUGUUGGCCCGCAUGGACUACAGUUUCAUUCUAGGGGCGUUCAACGCUGUGAAGGAGCAACAGCGGGAUCUCCUAGACUCCGCGAGGCGCCUACCGGAGACCUUGGAAGAUGUUGAUCUCUCCGACCAAUCAGAGGACCUCAAGGCAAUUCAUCACGUUCUGCAGGAGGUGGCUGUGCGACAAGGGAUACUUGUGUGCCCACAGUGCCAGCGGGAAUACCCGAUUCGGGACUUCAUUCCGGACAUGGUGCUUGAAGGCAAGUAA